CUGCUCCCCCCUCCCUUUCCCCCAGGAGUGAGAUGUUAAAUACCAGCCUGACACAGCCCUGGGCAUUCAGACCUGCCUCCUGAAACAACAUCAUGAAGUCACUGGGUGUCUUCUUCAUGGUGCUCCUCACCCUCUCGAUGGUGCCACCAUCUUGGUCUGGCACAAUCUUACCCGUGCAACAAAUCCCCAGAGAGAAAUCUGGGACUUGCCCAGUGGUUACUGUUCGGUGUCUUAUGAUAAAUCCUGCCAACAGUUGUUAUCAUGACCACCAAUGUCCAGGGCCAAAGAAAUGCUGUGAAACUAGCUGUGGGAGACAUUGCGUCCUGCUUCAGAGAGGGAAACCUGGAACCUGUCCAGAUGUCACCUUUAAGUGCGCCGUGUACAAUCCCCCAAAUCGCUGCCACUCUGACUACCAGUGUCCAGGAUUCAAGAAGUGCUGUGAGACUUUCUGUGGGAGGGCCUGUGUUUAUCCUAAGGGACAUGGUAAAGCAUAACUUCCUGUGUCCCGAGGGCAUCCCCAGGCCAGGAGCAACCGUGACACCAGCUCGAUGUGCCUGGUCUCGCUGGGGUCCCACAGACCUGCCCUAGGAAAUCAGCUUGCACAAUGCCUGCAUAGCACUUGCGCUCUUAAUCCGUCUCGUCUUUAGCACCAACCAUGCCACAUUGUCACCUGUCAGGGGGUUGUCAUGGAAUUUUAGAUCCUGCCCACCUAGCACAGAGAGGACUGGGCUGAGGCCUUACCCCGUGAGGGACAUGAGGAGCGUGAUUCACCGUCCCUGUGCAGUGGCUCUUUCCCUGCAGUCAAGGGGAGGCUUUGGGGGGAGCUGGGGGUCUCUUUCUUCUUGCCCUGGCUCUGUAUAAUUUGAUGUCCCGACCUUGGCACUUCGUGCACUGUAACAAAUAAAGAAGCUUGUUCACAUA